GCUUCCGGCGCCAGGCCCCACGCUCACGCUGCUCCGGCCGAAUGGCGGCCCCGCUGCUUCACGCGCGAUUGCCAGGCGAUGUGGCGGCUGCGGCCUCUGCCACGCUGAGUGCGUCGCCGACUGGGCUUUCAGAUAUGCUCGCGUUAGAGAGUGAUUUCUUCAAUUCUCCCCCAAGAAAAACUGUUCGGUUUGGUGGAACUGUGACAGAAGUCUUGCUGAAAUACAAAAAGGGUGAAACAAAUGACUUAGAGUUGUUGAAGAACCAACUGUUAGAUCCUGACAUAAAGGAUGAGCAGAUCAUUAACUGGCUGCUGGAAUUUCGUUCCUCUGUCAUGUACUUGACAAAAGACUUUGAGCAACUUAUAAACAUCAUAUUGAGACUGCCAUGGUUAAAUAGAAGUCAGGCGGUGGUGGAGGAGUACUUGGCUUUCCUCGGUAAUCUUGUGUCAGCACAGACUGUCUUCCUUAGACCGUGUCUCCGCAUGAUUGCUUCUCAUUUUGUACCUCCCCGAGUGAUCGUUAAGGAAGGCGGCAUAGAUGUUUCAGAUUCUGAUGAUGAAGAUGACAAUCUUCCUGCAAAUUUUGACACAUGUCACAGAGCCUUGCAAAUAAUAACAAGAUACGUCCCAUCGACACCAUGGUUUCUAAUGCCAAUACUUGUAGACAAAUUUCCAUUUGUGAGAAAAUCAGAGAGAACAUUGGAGUGUUACGUUCAUAACUUACUAAGGAUAAGUUUAUAUUUCCCAACUUUGAGGCGUGAAAUUCUGGAGCUCAUUAUUGAAAAGUUACUCAAGUUAGAUGUGAGUGUGUCCCGUCAGGACAUUGAAGAUGCCGAGGAGACAGCAGCUCAGACUUGUGGUGGGACAGAUACCACAGAAGGAUUAUUUGAUAUGGAUGAAGAUGAGAACACUGAACCUGAAAAGAAAGCUGACCUGGAGCAGCCUAGCCAGAUGGCUCAUCCUGUCGCAGAACGCCUGGACAUCCUGCUCUCCUUGCUGCUGUCCUACAUUGAGGACGUGUGCCGUGUGGAUGGUAAGAUUGAUAACAAUAAAACAAAGGAUUUAUACCGUGAUCUGGUAUCUGUCUUUGACAAGCUCCUGUUGCCUACGCACGCCUCCUGCCAUGUACAGUUCUUCAUGUUUUUCCUUUGCAGCUUCAAAUUGGGAUUUGCAGAAGCAUUUUUGGAACAUCUCUGGAAAAAGUUGCAGGAUCCAAAUAACCCUGCCAUCAUCAGGCAAGCUGCUGCAAAUUACAUUGGGAGCUUUUUGGCAAGAGCUAAAUAUAUUCCUCUUAUAACUGUAAAGUCAUGCUUGGAUCUUUUGGUUAACUGGCUGCACAUGUAUCUUAACAACCAGGAUACAGGAACGAAGGCUUUCUGUGACGUUGCACUCCACGGUCCAUUUUACUCAGCCUGCCAAGCUGUUUUCUACACUUUUGUUUUUAGACACAAACAGAUUUUGAGUGGAAACUUGAAAGAAGGCCUACGGUAUCUUCAGAGUCUAAACUUUGAGCGUAUUGUGCUGAGCCAGCUGAACCCUCUGAAGAUCUGCCUGCCGUCGGUGGUUAACUUUUUUGCUGCUGUCACAAAUAAGUACCAGCUCGUGUUCUGCUACACCAUCAUGGAGAGGAACAACCGCCAGAUGCUCCCUGUUAUCAGAAGUACAGCGGGCGGAGACUCUGUGCAGACCUGCACCAACCCACUGGACACUUUCUUUCCCUUUGACCCUUGUGUGCUUAAAAGGUCAAAGAAGUUCAUCGAUCCUACUUAUCAGAUUUGGGAAGACAUGAGUGCUGAAGAGCUGCAAGAGUUUAAGAAACCCAAUAAAAAGGACCUAGUGGAGGAUGAAGACGAUGACUUUUUGAAAGGUGAACUGCCCCAGAGUGACACUGUGAUUGGCCUUACCCCAAGCUCCUUCGACACCCACUUUCGAAGUCCUUCCAGUAGUGUGGGCUCCCCACCUGUGCUGUAUAUGCCAGACCAGUCCCCACUCGUCUCUAGGAUCUGUGAUUGAGGUGUACUGUUUUCUCCAGGGCCCUGUGCCCCACCACUGGACCCCACAUUGGACUAAUCUAUGCCUUGUACGCCUGCCUUCCAUGUUGGACUUGGGUCAGUGUGUGAAGGGCCCAGGUUAUGUGUGUUUGCGGUUUGCUCCCUGUGGACCGAAGGAAAGGCCACAGGCCAUGUGCAGCACCUCACAGUGGGCAUGGCAACUGGUGCCCAUGCGCCACCUCACAACUUAAUGUGGAGUGUCUCUCUGCCUGUAGCUUUCUGCUGCAGCCACAACCUGCAGGUGGCCUUCUAACGGGUUUCUUUUUAUCAGAACCAGCAUGGCUGUUGGUCUUGCUUUGGUGAGAAUCUCUCCAGGAUCAGCCCUUCCUGUGAAUACUCUUAACUGGAUCCUGCUUACAGUGACAGUGGCCUGCUUUUCACUAGUAGUGAUUCGUGUUGAAGGACACAGGGAAAUGCCAGCAAGAGGUGAAGUGCUGAGCGUCUGGGCCGGCUGCAGCGAGGAAACACAAAGGACUGUAGAGGUGCAAAGAAACUGGGAGGGAAAGGAGGAUUCAGAGAAACACAAAAGGCACUUGUGUAAGAUUUG